AGUCGCGACACGACCAGCCAGUCAACCGCAUACCUCCGCUAGUGUUCGUACGUUUCCGUGUGAGCUCUCAGUUACGUGAUUGUUCUGUUAUCAGGUACAAUAUGUGUGCUCGUAUAAUUUGCUUACAUUUUCGUUAUCAAUUCAUUUUGAAUAUGGUACGCAAAGUGGUGUUGUAAAUGAGCGUGUACAGUACACGGAUAUUUGUUCACAAGCUAUGGUGUCGCGGUCGUCCGCGCAUAAAAAAUGUACGGCAAACACGAAAUUACGCUAAGCAAAACACUAUGAUCGAAUCAACGUGGGAGACGUCGGUUAAACGACCAGUUUAACCCAGUUUGAUAGCCUGAAAACAAUAGUUGACUGAACGAUAAGUCCGAGAAGGUUGUCGUAAAUCAAAAUGACAGCUUUGGACGUGCCCCGGGAACUUUUGGAAGGCGAAAAAGUUGUAAAAUGGGACGAUGAAAGCGGCGUUGGACUUCCGGUAACACUUAAAGUUGACGAACGUGGAUUUUUUUUAUACUGGCUUGAUCAGAAAAAAGACUACGAAGUGAUUGACAUGUCAACGAUACGGGACACUAGAACGGGAAAAUUCGCCAGAGUUCCAAAAGACGCGAAAUUGAGAAGUGUCGUGUGCAUGGGGUCCCAAGAGCCAUUGGGCGAUAAAACGAUUACCGUAGUCGUGGCCACGGAUUUUGUGAACGUGUCGUUCAUUAAUUUCUGUUGCAACAAAAAACAAACGGCCCAACUUUGGACAGUCAAUAUUUUAAAACUAGCACUGAACUUAGUACAAUUAAAUUGGUCACCAAUGUCGUUUUUGUAUAAAGCCCAUACCAAAUUAAAUUUACUAGUCGACAAAAACGGCAAGAUACCAAUAAAAAACAUUCUCAAAACGUUUGCACAAAGUAAAGAUGAUAAGAAAAAAGUAGAAAAAGCUCUCGAAUCGUCUGGGUUACCAUCCAAUAAAAAUGAUGUUGUCAGUCCAUCAAAAUUUACGUUUGAAGAUUUUUUUACCGUCUACAAAAAUCUUACUGCACGUUCUGAAGUUGCACAACUAUUUGACGACGUAUGCUGUGGAGACAAUAGUGCUAUUGUUAAGAAAAAAGUAAUGUCUGUUGAUCAAUUCGUUUAUUUUCUAAAUCACACCCAAAGGGAUCCUCGUCUAAACGAAAUACUUCAUCCGUAUGCUAACGCGGACAGAGCAAAAGAUUUGAUUUGGGAAUUUGAACCGAACAAACAAAACGCUCAGCGGGGUCUGUUAAGCUUCGACGGUUUUCUCAAAUACCUAAUGAGUGCGGACAAUCCCAUAGUUUCUUCGUCCACACUUGAUCUAAACAACGACAUGGAUCAACCGUUAUCGCAUUACUUUAUAAAUUCAUCGCAUAACACAUACCUUACAGGCCACCAGUUGACCGGCAAGUCAUCUGUAGAAAUAUAUAGACAGUGUCUGCUAUCAGGAUGCCGGUGUGUCGAAUUGGACUUGUGGAACGGUAAGACUGACGAGCCGGUAAUUGUGCACGGUUACACUUUUGUACCUGAAAUAUCAGCUCGGGAUGUAAUAGAAGCCAUAGCAGAAUCGGCAUUUAAAUCAUCGGACUAUCCUGUCAUAUUAUCAUUUGAAAACCAUUGUAAUACAAAACAACAGGCAAAAAUCGCACAGUACUGUCACGAAUAUUUUGGGAAUAUGUUACUAGAAGAACCAUUAAUUUCUCAUAAAUUGGAAUCCGGUGUCUCUUUGCCACCACCUUCUAUGUUAAAAAACAAAAUUAUUAUAAAAAACAAAAAAAAACACCAUCAUCACCAUAAAAAACCCACAGCCAGUGUUGUUUUGGAGCCUGCCACAUCUGCAACUCUUGUGCUGGGAAACGGAGAAUUGCCUCGUGGACCAAUUCGACAGCCGAGCAAAGACAGUACUAACCAAGAUGAAGAUGAAGAUGACGACGAGGACAGUAGUAGUGACACAGACGGCGAAGAAGACGAAGCGGAUAGAUCCGUCGAUAUAAAACUUGUUUUACAGGGUAAACCUCUUGUUGACAAAGUAUCUAGUACAAGAGAAACUGAAGCUGGCACAGAAAUAUCAGUUCUUGUCAAUUAUUGUCAGUCGGUGCAGUUCACGUCAUUUGAAAACGCAGAGAAAAAAAAUCGAAGCUACGAGAUGUCAUCGUUCGACGAAAAACAAGCAAUGACGCUAUUAAAAGAACGACCCAUGGAAUUUGUCAAAUACAAUAAACAACAAUUAAGUCGCGUGUACCCAGCAGGUACCAGAUUCGAUUCGUCAAAUUUCAUGCCACAAGUAUUCUGGAAUGUGGGCUGCCAGCUGGUCGCUUUAAAUUACCAGACUUUGGAUGUAGCGAUGCAAUUAAAUUUGGGUAUAUUCGAGUACAACAUGCGGAGUGGUUACUUGUUAAAACCAGAGUUUAUGAGGCGUAAGGACCGUACGUUUGACCCUUUUGCCGAGUCCACCGUGGACGGCAUAAUUGCUGGAACGCUUACUGUCGAAGUUAUAUCUGGUCAAUUACUCACUGAUAAACGUGUCGGUACUUACGUGGACGUCGAAAUGUACGGUUUACCUGCUGAUACCGUUCGAAAAAAAUUUCGAACACGCAUUGUACCGGCCAACGGUAUUAAUCCUGUGUACGGAGACGAGCCUUUUGUAUUUAAGAAGGUGGUUCUCCCUGAACUGGCUUCACUGCGGUUAGCCGCAUUCGAAGAAUCUGGAAAGCUCAUAGGUCACAGAGUUAUUCCCGUUGUAGGCCUUUGCCCGGGUUACAGGCAUGUGGUCUUGAGAAACGAAAUGGGACAGCCGCUACCUUGUGGGUCGUUGUUUUUAAAAAUCGUCGUAAAAGACUACGUGCCAGACGGGUUAAGUGAUUUUGCCGAAGCCUUGGCUAAUCCUAUUAAAUUCCAGUCAGAUUUGGAUAAGCGAACAAAACAAUUAGCCGUUUUCGCUGAUGAAAUGGAUCAAUCGAUAGAUUGCACCGAUGUAAAUUUUGUACCAGAGCAAGAUGCGAAACCAGUAGUAGUUACUCGUCACCAGUCGAGUUAUCCCGACUUGACCGUAUCCAACAUUAGUGCCACGCUCCCAGCUCAAAGAUCAAUAACAGCCAAUCCCUUAACAACCGCCGAUUAUCCAGUAAAUGACGAUUUCCGAAUUGGACCAAAAGGAGCACAAAGAAACCCAUUGAUAUCAACUGGUUCUCUGGGCGAAAACAUUGUGGCCGAGUCAUUGGUGCAGUUGAUGGAAAACAAAUUGGUUAAGGAAAAGAAAACGGAACUCGAGAAGAAAAUGGAGACGCUUCGAAGAAAACAAAGUAAAGAAAAACAUCGAUUACAAAAUUCGAAAUCAUCAAAUGAUACAGACCGAGCUCGAAUGUCCAAAUUUUCAAUGAGCUCUCGAUUCGUCAAACGAUUGUCUAUUAAAAACAUACAGGAGAGCAUUCUGCAGAACCAUCACGAGGCGUCUGAGUCAUCUGAAUGUGAUACAGAUAAUUCUAGUAGUUCCAUGCCGAGGAUGUCUAGAAGUCAAUCGGAGAAGUUAUUGGCAAUAGAGAAAGAACACAUUAUACAAGAACGAAAUCUACAGGAAAAAUACAAUGAUAUAAUAUUUUCUUCGAUAGAAAAAACGAUGCGUGCUUCACAGUCAAAUCAGAUAAAAAUGUUGCGAAUACUAUUAGACAAAGAGACAGCUGAAGUGAUGAAAAAAUUACAAGACCAAAGAAGACACGAAAUGAAAUCGUUAGCCAAAGUCCACAAAGAUAAAGACGAAAUUGGAAGAAUUAAAAGAGAAGUAUCUAGUUCGAUGGUGGAAAAAGGUGUAAAUGAGCGGUUGCGCCUAGCACAGUUGUAUGAAAAAAAUACUGAAGAACUAGAAAAACAACAUGAAGAAAUUAGACAAAACUUUGAUGAUCUCAAGACUAAAACAAAAUCUGAGCUGAUCAAAGAAUAUGAAACUAAACUUCAAAACAUUGAAUACGGUAUCGAACAACAUUUAAAGGUUGAAUUGAAAUAGUACAUGUGAAAUUAUCAAAAAAUGUAUAAUAACUAUAAGUACAAUAAGUAUACCAAGUAAUUGUAGUAAUCAAGGGCAAUAAUUAGUAAAUAACUAUACAUUAAAUUUGAAAGCAUAUUUUUGCGCUAAUUUAAGUGUCGAUCUAAAAGACUGAUCGAUUUUAAUUUGCUAUUUAUUAAUAAUUAGCGAUUUACAUUAUUUUUUGUUAAGUUCAAAAUUGUAUAUCGUAUUGCUACCUAUAAAUUAUAAUUAGGUAUAUUUUAUUUAAAUCAACCAGUAGUGCCUACCAUGUUUGUUAUGUUUAAAAAACAAUAUUUGUUGUAGUAAAAAAUGAACCAUUUGUUUUUGUGAUAACUUUGUAACGUAUAAUUGUUUUUUUAUGAGUCAUUAAACAUUUUAUGAAUUGUGAUAAUCGUUCUAUCUAAAUCUUUUAAUAGUAUUUAGAUAUUCCAUAAUAGGUACAGACUACAGCUACUUGCCUAACUACUCUUAUAAAACUGACAAUCAGUCUUUUAAUUACGCACCUAUAAUAACAAGCUCUAAUUUUUAACAAUUACCAAGUAUUUAGUGAUAAAAAUAUUAUAAUUGGUAUUCAUUUUCAAGUGGUUAGUACCAUGUUUUUUUAUUGACUGUUCUUUAAGUUAUUGUUACCUAUUAUUAACAAUUAAACUAUGUAUGUAAGCUGUGUAGUUGUAUGUUAAGAUUUGGUUUAUUUGCUUAAUUAUUUUCCAUAUUGUAUAAUACGUAAUUCAAAGAUCGCAAUUAAACAACACAUCUUUAAAUGCAUUUUAAAAUUCCAAUUUUUAACCAAUGGCUACCAAAAUUUGUACUGUACACUCACUACAGCAUUAAAAUUUAUAUUACAUAGUAGGUAUCUAUAAUAUGUAUGUUUUCCCUUUUUAGUUACUUUUGUAUUUAUAAAAAAUACAUUUUUUUAUAGCAUGAGAUUAAUUAAAAAACGUUUUACACCUAUUUUUUUAAAUUAAUUGUUAUCAGUUUUCUAUAAAUUACCUAAACAACGAUUGAAUGGUCAUUACUGUUAAGUGCUAAAUAGUUUUGACAUUUACCGAUUUUAAUCAUUUUGAAACACUUGCCAUUCAAAAAUACUACAGAUUCAAAACAUAUAUGUGAUAAAUAAGGAAAUUAAAAAGUAUUUAAUUAUUAUUUAUCAUAAUAUUACAAAACAUACAUUUAAUUUAUAUUACUGAUGUGUGCAGGGAAUAUAAGUUGCAUUUAGCAUUCCCAUUGGUGUUAUCAUUUUAAGCCCACUUUACAGUUCUUUUUUUUUUUGAAAACCAUAUAAUAGUAAAGUUUACAACUUAACUAAAGUUGAAAAUUAAUUUUUGUUUUUUUAUUAUAAUACAUAGAUUUAUAUAAUAAAGAUUUUAUACUAGACGUUUUAUAGAAUGGAUUAUUUUUUGGAAAAACACUGUAUGUAAAUACUAUUAACAGGUGUU